AGAUUUGGUAAAUAAUGUAACUACGUUCAAGCACCAUCUAUAAAUGUUAGUAGAAAGUAAAUUUGUACACGUUGUCGCGCAAUCGUGGUAUUUGACACGUCAAAUUUCGUAUGUUUCGUACAUACGUACGUUACAAUGUGAAUAUUUUUUACGGUUAUUUUUAUUGUAUUUAUUAACUGUAGUAAACUCUUUCAAAGUGCAAAAAUUAAACACACGAUCAUAAUGUACCCUACCGACGUUGGUACAACUUUAAGUGACGUAGGAUUGCAUUAAAUUUUUUAUUUUUACCCGUCGAUUGAGGUUAGAAACAUCUGGAAUUCUUGUGCCAUGUAACUGAUUCAAAUUAAUUAAACAUGCCGAAAUUUCGAAUGCUUCCGCGUACUUCGCGGAUUGUAAUAUUAUGUUCCGCUGCGAAUUUUAUAAAUGCGGCGGAUCGAGUUAUAAUGCCCAUAGCAAUUGUUCGAAUGACUGAUGAAUUUAAAUGGAAUUUGCAUUGGCAAGGUUGGAUACUUUCUGCUUUUGCCUUUGGUUAUUUUACUAGUCAGAUCAUUGGUGCAAAUACAGCAAGUCGGUUUGGAUGUAAAACGGUACUAAUGUUAGCAGUUCUGUUAUGGUCUAUUAGUACAGUUAUAACUCCAAUCUUGGCUCAAUCUGUUCCAUUGCUCAUAAUCUGUAGAGUGGUUUUGGGACUUGGAGAAGGCCUAGGUUUACCAGUUAUUUUUCACCUGUUUGCACAUAGUGUUCCUGUUGAGGAACGUUCUCGUGCAUUUGGAUAUCUGGUAGCUGCUGGCUCUGUUGGACAAGUAGUUGCAUCUAUUUUGUGCUCACAUUUGUUAUGGCAAACAGGAUUUUAUCUAUUUGGAACAAUUGGUAUUGUAUGGACACUUUUGUGGCUAGUACUAUACCAUGAAACUAAUUCUCAGGAUGAGAUUCCAUUAUUUGUACCUAAGGUAACGCAAAACAGGAGUUUGCGUUGGACUGAAUUUAUUUCGCAUUGGCCUUUAUGGGCACUGUACAUAGCACAUUUUGCAAUGAAUUGGAGCAAUUACAUAAUAAUGCAAUGGUUGCCAACUUAUUUGGCAAGAAAUCUUUCUGCUAAUAAAGAAAGUAUUAGUUUGACAGCACUUCCAUAUAUUGUGAACUCUCUUGUUGGUAUUGUUGCUGGACACAGUGCUGACAAUCUUAUACAAAGGAGAUGGUCCGUUUUAUCUGUGAGAAGGUUAAUGACAAACAUAGGUCUAGUGGGUCCUGGUGCAUUUCUAUUAGCAUUCUGUGCCGUGGAUAAUUUACUUGCUGCAGUAAUCUUUGUUUCAAUAUCUAUGGGACUUUGUGCGUGUAAUUCGGCCGGCCAUCUCAGCAAUCAUGCUGAUAUUGCACCAAAUCAUGCAGGAAUCACAUUUGCAGUUUCUAAUACUAUUGCUACUAUACCGGGCAUUUUAUGUGGUCCAUUGACGGCAGAAUUAGUUACCGCAUCCCAUGGUCGUUGGAUGCCUGUCUUUGUUUUAGCUGCAGCAAUUAAUUUUACGGGGGCUAUCAUAUACCAAAGUCACAGUUCUGCGCUUCCAGUGUUGUGACAUGUUGUGAUUGAAAGUGAGCUUGCAACUGAUUAUCAACGAAAUCAACGAAGUAGCAUGAUGAAUAAAAACUUGCUACGACCAUGUACCUUCGAUCGUGUUUAUUAUACACGAUUUCUCAAGAAAAUUUUAAUCCUCUGUAAGGCACCAAUAUGGCACAUUUAUACGUCACACAUUGGUUAGUUGAAGACAUAUCAAAAUAUAUUGGACUUAUGUACUGGAAAAAAUUUAACAUUCUUAUCAUUCAGUUUAUAGUUAUGUCAACUUAACAUGAAUCCCCUGUUAUGUGGAUAGUGCCAUAAUUUUGUGCGUACAGUGGAAUUGGUUAAACAGUUUUAUUACCGAGUGUAAUAUAUAGCUUUCCUUUCAGUUUGUACAUGUUUUAAUGAUAGUUUGUGAAAAAUACUUUGUGAUAUGUUUGAAUAUGUAAACAAGAUAUUCUCAUUCUUUUUAAUAGAGAAUAAUUGUAUAUUCUGUAUAACAUCGAUGGGCAGUUACGCCUGCGAGAGCGCGGUGCAUUACCGUGCAAGUGAGGUCUACUUGUGGGACGCUGAGGAUAGUCAAUUUCUCAAUUUGAAAAUUUGAAGAUUUGGUAUUUCUAUAUUUCUAAAUUUUUCAAACUAUCAAAUUUUUACAUUUCAAAGUUCAAUUAUUUUUUAUUUCUAAAUUUUUAAAUUACCAAAUUUCAAAUUAUCAAAUUACCAAAUUUCUGAAUUUGAAAAUUUUAAACUUUUGUGGAUUUCCAUGCACGACGAUGCCCGUCAGCUUUUCGGCGGGCACUUAAACUGCCCAUCACUGCUGUAUAACAUAAGACUGUAUAUAAAAGAAAGAAAGAAAUUUAACUUUCACACACGUACUACGAUUAAAUGUCUUCGAAGCACCUGCAAUAUAAAAAAAUAUUAUUUACAAGUAAGUAAACAAUAUAUAUUAUAAUAAAUGAGAAAGAUAUGUUUUUUA